AUGUCGCAUCUUGCACCCAACGCCGCCCGUCAGGCGCUUCGCCAAUGCACUCGACGCCUCUCCACUUCGCACUCCUCGUUCGCCACACAGCUCCCGCGAGCAUGCAUCGCCGCCAAAGGUCGAAGAGGUUAUGUAUCCGAGUCGAGCCCCAAAAACGCCACCGUCAACAUCGAAAGCACAAUUAGGCAAGAUCAAAAGGCAUUCCUAGCCGAGACUGGCAUCGCUCCCAAAGAUGCUCAAAUCCCAACCACCGGUCACUCUGGUGAUACCGCCAUGAGUCCAGUCGCCGGGAUUUUGAAGCAAGCCACAGUCAUGGACGAGGGUGUCCGACCCAUAUAUCUUGACAUGCAAGCCACUACCCCUACAGAUCCACGAGUAUUGGACGCAAUGCUGCCGUACUGGACUGGUCUAUAUGGCAACCCGCACUCGAGAACACACGCUUAUGGUUGGGAGACGGAAAAAGCUGUUGAGCAAGCGAGAACACACAUCGCUGAUCUGAUUGGCGCCGACCCUAAGGAGAUCAUCUUCACCAGCGGUGCGACAGAGAGCAACAAUAUGAGCAUCAAGGGUGUCGCAAGAUUUUUCAAGAAGGGUGGCAAGAAGAAUCACAUCAUCACCUGUCAGACAGAGCACAAGUGUGUGCUGGACAGCUGUCGACAUUUGCAAGACGAAGGGUUUGAGGUCACAUAUUUGCCAGUACAGAACAAUGGCUUGAUUGAUAUGGAAGCCUUGGAGAAGGCGAUACGACCAGAGACCGCGCUGGUGUCCAUCAUGACCGUCAACAACGAGGUUGGUGUUGUUCAACCCAUCGAAGAGAUUGGAAAGCUUUGCAGGAGCAAGAAGAUCUACUUCCACACCGAUGCUGCUCAGGCGGUUGGCAAGAUCCCGUUGGACGUCAACAAGAUGAAUGUCGAUUUGAUGUCGAUUUCUGGACACAAGAUAUACGGCCCCAAGGGCAUUGGAGCUUGCUACGUGCGGAGACGGCCGCGUGUACGACUUGACCCUAUCAUCUCUGGUGGUGGCCAGGAGAGAGGUCUACGGUCAGGAACGCUGGCACCGCCUCUCAUCAUUGGUAUGGGAGAAGCAGCCAGGGUGUGCAAAGAAGAAAUGGAGUACGACACGAAAUACAUCUCGAAACUCUCCAAGAAGCUCAGCCAAGGCCUCCUCGCCAUGGAACACACCUCCCUAAACGGCGAUGCCAUCCAGCACUACCCUGGCUGCGUCAACGUCUCCUUCGCGUACGUUGAGGGCGAGUCGCUGCUCAUGGCCUUGAAAGACAUUGCUCUCAGCUCCGGCUCAGCCUGCACCUCAGCAUCCCUAGAACCAUCAUACGUGCUGCGAGCGCUCGGCAACUCGGACGAGUCAGCACACAGCUCGAUCCGAUUUGGCAUUGGCCGCUUCACCACCGAAGCCGAAGUGGACUACGUCUUGGAGGCUGUCAAGAACCGCGUGACGUUCCUGCGGGAGCUGAGCCCGUUGUGGGAGCUUGUACAGGAGGGUGUUGAUUUGAACACGAUUGAGUGGUCGCAGCAUUAG